GUGGAGGAGGGGGUGUGGCUGGGCAGGAGCAUCGCUGCUGGCUGAGGCUGUACAGAGAGAGAAGGAGAGAGCAGCAGCUGAGUGGUCACUGGGAGAUCACACUACAGAGACGCUGACAGGGAGCGCUGCCCUCCUCUUCACUCCAGAUAUCCUCUGCGAUCUGCCGACCCUUCCGCUCUGCAGCAUGGGGGCCAUCAAAAUCUCCCCUGAUUACAACUGGUUUCGUAGCACUGUUCCACUAAAGAAGAUUAUUGUGGAUGAUGAUGAUAGUAAAGUGUGGUCUCUCUAUGAUGCUGGCCCUCGCAGUGUGCGCUGUCCCAUCAUAUUCCUGCCACCAGUCAGUGGCACAGCAGAUAUCUUCUUCCAUCAAAUCCUUGCACUGACCGCCUGGGGGUACAGAGUCAUUGCACUUCAGUAUCCUGUAUAUUGGGAUCACCUGGAAUUCUGCGAUGGAUUUCGAAAACUUCUGGAUGAUUUGCACCUUGAUAAGGUCCACUUGUUUGGCGCAUCUCUAGGUGGUUUUCUAGCCCAGAAGUUUGCAGAGUACACUCACAAAUCUCCUAGGGUCCAGUCCCUGAUCCUGUGUAAUGCCUUCAGCGACACCUCCAUCUUCAACCAGACCUGGACAGCAAACAGCUUUUGGCUUAUGCCUGCAUUCAUGCUCAAGAAGAUCGUUUUGGGAAACUUCUCAUCUGGCCCAGUGGAUCCAGUCAUGGCUGAUGCCAUCGAUUUCAUGGUUGACCGGCUGGAAAGUCUGAAUCAAAGUGAGCUUGCAUCUCGUCUCACUCUGAAUUGCCAGAACUCUUAUGUGGAACCCCAUAAAAUCAAGGACAUCGCUGUCACCAUUAUGGAUGUAUUCGAUCAGAGCGCUCUAUCAACAGAUGCCAAGGAGGAAAUGUACAAGCUGUACCCUAAUGCCAGGAGAGCCCACUUGAAAACUGGGGGGAACUUCCCUUACCUGUGCAGGAGUGCUGAAGUCAAUCUCUAUGUGCAAAUUCACCUGCGUCAGUUUCAUGGUACCAGGCAUGCAGCCAUAGACCCUGCUAUGGUUAGUGCAGAGGAACUUGAGGUACAGAAAGGCAGCCUUCAACCUAGUCCAGAGCCUCCAGAGACUGAAAGCUUUCCCUGAACGUCAGACGUGGCCUGUGCACUCUCAUGGCCGCUAGCAUUUGUGCUAGUGUAUUUUUCAAGAAGAGAUUUUUUGGAGACCCUUCUAUAUAAAAACAAAAAAUAACACCUAUACCACUUUGCAAUCUCUAGGACUUUCCUUUGCUGGGCAUAAUCUCUAUCGCUGCUACUCACUCUGACUGCCAUACUACAAUGGUGAAUCCGUAGUAGGUGUCUAGUGGACUUGUAUGAAAAGAUCUCUCGCAUGGGAGCACUUCCUGUUGCUAGCUGGUCAUGAGUUCUGGAAAUGGCUCUUUCUGUAUAUGACCUUGGUUUGAGAACAGAUGAACUUAAAUUCCUGCAUUCUGGUCAUGAUGAUCAGGCGUGGAUCUGUUCGCAGUGGACACAUGUAACCAGUAUCUCGCCUGCAUUAGUGGCUCAUGAUUUGAAAGUGAGAGGAGAGCGACAGCCAGUUGUUGCCAAGUAUGAGGUCAUUCUUGCUGGAACCAUCAACCUGUUCAAGUGUUAAGAUUCCUUGUCUGCAGUUAAAGCUGUACCCAUCAUGGAUUGUCUGUGUUCUUGUUCACUUUGUGGUGGUGUCGAAUCAUCACCGACAAAAUACAUACACACUUUUGGACAUACCCUUCUUAUCCUAACCUUCCCCCAUGUCACGAUGAGCACUUACUUGCAGCAGAGAAGCACUGUCCAAAAUAGCCCUCUGAGCUGGUCAUGGGUAAGGGAGGGGCCAGUGUAGGGAUGUAACUCCUCCCUUCUUUGCUAUAUAUAUAUAUAUAUAUAUAUAUAAUAUCGUAAAAGUUCGCACAA